AUGCCCGCCAUGCUCGCGGUCCCCGUCGCCGGCCCCUGGCGGGCGCUGCUGCUCCUGCUAGCAGUCCAGACCGGCGUGGCCACGGGUGCUAUCCAGCCAUGGCACUGCGCCCCGUGCACCCCGGAGAAGCUUGCGCUCUGCGCACCCGUCCCCGCCUCAUGCCCGGAGAUCUCCCGGGCCGCCGGCUGCGGGUGCUGCCCGAUGUGCGCCCUGACGCUGGGCGCUGCCUGCGGAGUGGCCACGGCGCGCUGUGCUCGGGGACUGAGCUGCCGCGCGCUGCCGGGGGAGUCGCGGCCUUUGCACGCCUUGACCCGCGGCCAGGGAGCGUGCAUGCCUGAGUCUGUCGACACGCCUGCCGGGGCCGCCUCCAAAGCCAGCGCGGACCAAGAGGUCAAGACCACUGUAGCCUCUGAGAAUGAGGCCCCUAAGAGCACAGAGAUGACUGAGGAGCAGUUGCUGGAGAACUUUCAUCUGAUGACCACUUCUGGUGAGGACCAGCCCAUCCUCUGGAACGCCAUUAGCAUCUACAAGAGCAUGAGGGCCCGUGACAUGACCGAUGCCAACAAAUGGAAGCCCUGCCAACGAGAGCUCUACAGAGUGCUGGAGAGAUUAGCCCAACAACAGAAGGCAGGAGAAGAAAUCUACAAAUUUUACUUACCCAAUUGCAACAAGCAUGGAUUUUAUCACAGCAAACAGUGUGAGUCCUCCCUGGAUGGGGAGGCAGGGCUGUGCUGGUGUGUCUACCCUUGGAGCGGGAGGAGGAUCCCUGGAUCGCAGGAACUCAGAGGGGACCCUGAUUGUCAACAGUACUUUCAUUUACAACACUGAAAAGAGAUGCUGUCUGUGUUCACUCGGGCAAAGUAUUUAAGUAUAUAGUGUAUUUAUACUCUGGAACCACACAUUCACAUUUUUGUAUGUAUCUAUGUAUGUAUAUAAAUAUAUAUAUAUAGGAAGUACCUUUUAUACUCCAUAUAUUGCUUGUUAUAUAAAGCUGGCUCAUAUUUAUUCACUAUAAGUUUAUUUUUCUACACAGUAACUUGUACCGGUAUUAAUUUAUAUAUUACAAAACACCUCUCAUUGCUUUAUGUGUACAAAGUUGUAUUCUAGCUUUUCCAAAGUACAGGCUUCUGUUUUUGUCUUUUUCUUUUUAAAGAGCACACGUGGCUCUGUCUAGAAAAUGCAGAAGCAAAUAGGAGGCAAUGAUUUUUCCGAGUGGCUUUUGAAGGAGCAUAGUUAACCUGCACUUAAGAGUGAUUUGCCAUGUCCAUCUCACAUCACUGAUGGGCAUUUGCAGGGCAAGUAAGCAAGUGAAGAUGUCGAUGUGUAAAGGAAGCUAGAGGUGGUGAUGUUGCUAUGGGGGAAAAUGUGCAUUGGACACUGUUCAACUCAUGCACACACACAUACAUGUACAUCUGAU